AUGCGAGCUUUCGGAAUCACACAGGCUCAAGCACGGAUUUUUUUUGAACUCGCCUAUCAACAAAUCUGGUUAUUUGCUAUGCGUCAUUACCCGGAAAUGGCCAAAGAUGCUACCAGCAAGAAAGUUGUCGCCAAGACCAUCCGCUGA